AUGAAGUUCAGCAAGACUCUACUACUGGCCCUCGUGGCUGGUGCCCUGGCCAAGGGCGAGGAUGAAAUCUGCAGAGUUGAGAAGAACUCCGGCAAGGAAAUCUGCUACCCCAAGGUGUUUGUCCCUACCGAGGAGUGGCAAGUGGUAUGGCCCGACCAGGUGAUUCCCGCGGGCCUGCACGUGCGAAUGGACUAUGAAAACGGCGUCAAGGAGGCCAAAAUCAACGACCCUAACGAAGAGGUUGAGGGCGUGGCUGUUGCAGUUGGAGAAGAGGUUCCCGAGGGCGAAGUUGUCAUUGAGGACCUCACCGAGGAGAACGGGGAUGAGGGUAUUAGCGCCAACGAAAAGGUCCAGAGGGCCAUUGAGAAGGCCAUCAAGGAAAAGCGAAUCAAGGAGGGCCAUAAGCCCAACCCCAACAUUCCUGAAAGUGACCACCAGACCUUCUCUGAUGCCGUCGCUGCCCUGAGAGACUACAAGGUCAAUGGACAGGCAGCCAUGCUUCCAAUUGCUCUUUCCCAACUCGAGGAACUGUCUCACGAGAUUGAUUUCGGUAUUGCUCUGAGCGACGUUGACCCCCUCAAUGCGCUCCUGCAGAUCCUUGAAGACGCAAAGGUCGAUGUGGAGUCUAAGAUCAUGGCUGCUCGAACCAUUGGUGCUUCUCUAAGAAACAACCCACAUGCUCUCGACAAGGUGAUUAACUCCAAGGUUGAUCUGGUCAAAUCUCUUCUGGACGAUCUUGCCCAGUCUUCCAAGGAGAAGGCAGAUAAGCUCUCUUCUUCUCUUGUUUACGCCCUCUCUGCGGUUCUGAAGACUCCAGAGACUGUCACUCGAUUCGUUGAUCUUCACGGAGGUGACACUCUUCGACAGCUGUACGAGACUGGCUCUGACGACGUAAAAGGACGAGUGUCUACUCUAAUUGAGGAUGUUCUCGCCACCCCUGAUCUGCACAACGACUUCUCUUCGAUCACAGGCGCUGUCAAGAAACGCUCUGCCAACUGGUGGGAAGACGAACUCAAGGAGUGGUCUGGCGUGUUCCAGAGAUCGCUCCCCUCUAAGCUGUCCUCCAAGGUGAAGUCCAAGGUCUAUACUUCUCUGGCAGCUAUUCGACGAAACUUCCGAGAGUCUGUUGAUGUCAGCGAAGAGUUCCUCGAGUGGCUUGACCACCCCAAGAAGGCUGCUGCUGAGAUCGGAGAUGAUCUCGUCAAGCUUAUUAAGCAGGACCGAGGCGAGUUAUGGGGCAAUGCCAAGGCUCGAAAGUACGACGCUCGUGAUGAGCUUUAA